AUGACCUUGCAAGAUAGCAACCUUGCAUACGGACAAGAACAGGCCUCUCUUUCCUUCCUCGAUACCCAUUCUCUUCCCGCCUCUUCGUCGCCCUCUUCUUCACCCCGUCCUCGCUCCGGAUCCCCACCUCCAGUUGCCUCCGUCCCGCCUUGCCACACCGUAGACUCCACACAAACAGGUCGAGUCCACCCACCGCCAAGAGAUAUCUCUUCAGGUGGCGACUUGACCCACACGCAAGGCACAGCGUCUACUUCCGUCGUCGCAACAUCUUCAUCGUCACCAGUGUUGCAUGAGACCGUGUCAGCGACAUCUUCGGACCAUCCUCUGGAUCAUCGCACCGCUAGCUCCUCAACGUCUCUUCUCACAUCCUCGCUCGACACUUGGCUGCAUACAGUCGCCUCUUUGAAUCUAGCUGGUCCCGACACCACCCUCCCUUCUUCCGAACUUCGUCUGCGAAAAGCAGCCAUACAGCGCCGCACUCAACAACCAGAAUCAGGAUCAGCCACCUCUCUUCCUGCUCACACACCAAAACAGCACACCAUGUUCGGCAGCACUCCCACCGCUUCCUACCUGCCUCUCAACGCACGGCAGGUAGCACCAUCCACCUCGUCCUACUUGAUAUCAUGGAUUGCAAAGCACAAGAUGUUUGUCAUCUUGCUGCUCGUCGCCAUGGUUGUUUCAGUCCAGAUCUUGUUCGUGGCACCCAUCCUGAUGGAUAUGGAACCAGUCAAGAAACUCAAAGCCCAUGGUUGGCCAUCGCUCAAACCACCCAAAUGGUUUGGUCCUUCCUCUGAAUCGCCCGACUCCUGGUUCCCCUCAUCAGGCGGCGACCCACUAACAGCUGGCCACGUAGAGCCUCUCGGUCCCUACUCAUUCCCACCAGCUUUGAGCGAAGUCAACUUCAUCGGCAGUCUGCCCUCCCAAGCUUCUCUUUACAAGGACACCAACCCUCAUCGCGGCGAGCUACCCACCUAUCUCGAAUCUUUGUUGAAUCGAGAGCCUCUCCAUCAACCACCACCCUGGCCACUCAAGGCACCCACCAUCACACCAGAGAUCUGGCAGACACGUGUCUGGAACGACCAUUCCACCACAGAACCCAGCGAUGCUGAAGAACCACAGAAGCAACCUCAGGAAUCCGAUUGGAGACAUGCACCAUGGAACGCAUGGAAACCUCCAAUCGAUGACCUUGCCAAACCAUCACAGACAAUGCCCAAAGUGCAGUACGCUUUCCAAGACCCUACCAAGCAUUCGGGGCGUCGAAACGAUCCAGCACGCGAUCAACUCGUUGCACAUCGCCAAAAGAUGGUCCGCAACGCAUUCAUCCACGCCUGGGAAGGAUACAAGAAGUAUGCCUGGGGACAUGACGAGCUUCGACCCGUUUCCAAGUCUGCACAAGAUCCAUUUAACGGCUGGGGUGCAAGCAUUGUAGAUGCGCUCGACACUCUCCUGGUUAUGGGCAUGCCAAAGCAGUAUGACUUGGCAAGGCAGCAUGUGCGGGACAUUGACUUUAGGCUCAUUGGUGGUGGAAGAAGCGCAUAUGGCACAGCAGACGGUCGCAUUCCCGUUUUCGAGACUGCUAUCCGCUACCUCGGCGGCUUCAUCUCGGCUUAUGAUCUUAGCGGCGAUGUUCUCAUGCGUGACCGAGCAGAAGAGUUGGCGCAGCUCAUUUUGCCCGCCUUUGACACUGUCACUGGUGUGCCCGUAGGAAGGAUCCGAAUGGUCGAGCCUGCCAAUCACCCAUACAAGUCGCCACAGUCACAGAGCAGCGUCAUUCUCGCCGAAGCCGGCAGUCUACUGCUUGAGUUCACGAGGCUCUGGCAAGUGACCGGCAACAGAACCUACUUUGACCGUGUCCAGCGUAGCACCGACUGGCUCGAUCGAAACAUGACCGCUGCUGCUCGCAUGGAGUCGCUCUUCCGCACUCAGAUCUAUCCUGAAAGCGACACUUCUUACGGUACUGUCUCGUUUGGCGGCAUGGCUGAUUCGUACUACGAGUACCUCAUCAAGGAGCACCACUUGCUCGGUGGACGUCUCUCGCAGUACAGCAGAAUGUACUCGGAAGCUAUCGAGGGGGCUAAGAAGUUGCUCAUCACGCGCAUCGACACGGUGCCAGGCGUCAGCUUGAUGACCAUUGGUGAGAUCACCAAUUCGAGAUAUAUGGCCAAGUUGGAGCAUCUUGCAUGCUUCAGUGGUGGCAUGCUCGCUUUGGGCUCGCGCAUCAUGGCUGAACGUGCACAAGAUAUCGAUCUCGCCAAGGGGAUCACAGGCACUUGCUGGUGGGCCUACAACAGCUCAGCUACUGGCAUUGGCCCCGAGAAUCUCAUCUUCUACGAGAACGACGACGAUGAUCGCUUUGACCUCGUCAAUCUCUCUGAUGGCACUUCGAGACGAGGCAAGCCGCGCGGUAACCCGAUCGUCGGCGUUCGAAGUGUUGCCACCAGCUACCUCAAUCGACCCGAAACCAUCGAAUCCGUGUUUUACAUGUGGAGAAUCACCGGUGAUCCGAUAUGGCAAGAACGUGGAUGGCAGAUGUUUGCUUCCUGGGUAACCCACUGCAUGACCGAUGCUGGUUUCAGUGCUAUCUACGACGUCAACACUUCUCCGGCUACUUGGAUGGACAGUAUGGAAAGCUUUACGUUUGCAGAAACGUUCAAGUAUUACUACCUGCUCUUCUCGCCUCCCGAGCUCAUCUCGUUGGAUGAGUACGUAUUUACCACAGAGGCGCAUCCUUUGUUGGUCCCGCAAAACGGCAAGUGGGCUAGCGCAGGACACGGCAGUAAGACCUUCUGGGAUGCAAACGCAAGCGAGGACUCGCAUUUGCCUUGGCCUACUUCAGGAGAAUACCCAGGUGGAGAGAGGGGUCAAGUUGGUGGCUUGACCAAUAACCAGAAGCAGAUGUUAUGGACACAGUGGCAGAGCAAAAAUUCUGCCCACAAAAUUCGAGACCUCAUUACUGGCCUCGGUGGUGAUACAUUGAAGAACAAACUUCGCAGUCUGAUCGAUCUAACUUCGCCUACUGCUUCCAAGCCCAGCACUACUCAAACCGACCAACCAGCACAGCUGCUACCUUGGACUGAAGCCGUAGAGAAAGUUGACGAAAACGCUCAACGAAAGGCUCAGGAACAGGCAAUGCAUCUGGCUAGGUUGAGAUCCAAGCGCAUUCGUUAG